AUGUGCGACGCCAUCGUUGCCGUGCCGAGGGGCCCCAAGCGGGGAGGAACCUUUUAUCAUGCCUUGCAGCAGCAGCAGCAGCAGGAGCAACUGCAACAGUCGGUGUCGUCGGCCGGUCGCGACAACUGCAAGCAAGCAAGCAAGGCUCUCUCUGCUGCGCUGCAUCUGCCGUUGCGGGUAGAUCUGCCGAGAGAGCCCUCUCCCAGUCUCCAUCUGCCUCACCAUGGCACGCCACUCACUCCCUGCCGGCCUUGGACCACGCACGGCCUGGUUCGAGCUCCUGAUCGGCGUCUUGAUACAAUAUUCUCCGCCUGGCCCUGGUGUUGUCUGUGCAUAAUGACGGCGCGUCGCCGACGUCGCAAGCCUUUCCUCGCCAAGGAUCCUGGUGAGUGCCGCGGCACGCAUGUCACGGCGAGUCAGUGUCGUCGCGAUGGGAAGAGACGCUUGAUUAGAUUCGACGGCUUGCUGAGGGGUCGGGUUGGGCAAGUCGCAGGCAAAUGGACCGAGAAUUGCACGAUCAUGCGUCCCUCAUAA